GCAUUUAUUAUAGUUUCAGUUUACCACGAACAACGCAUUGUAGCGGACAUAAUAUUAUGUAGAGACGGGUUGUAAAAUCUAUAAAAUCUAUAAAUAAUAGUUUGUUUUGAUCUCAGCUGCAUAAGGCAUCCAGUCGUUGAUAGAAUCGGGCAUUGAUGGGUUUAAAGUGUCCUAUCGGAAACUGAGUCGUACGGUUAAACAAUUUUGAAUACGUUCUCGAAUUUUGUUUACAAUUUUUGUUCUGUGUGAUAAGAAUGAUCCGAUCGUGAAUUGUGCCAAAGCAAAAGGAUCAUACUGAAUAUCAGUGAAAGAAAAGACUAAAUCUUAAAGAAGAAAAUCGUUUCGCUUUUCCCUCCUUGUCGUCUUUGUGCAUUUUCUUUGGUGUGACACACAAUGUCUGAAACGAAAUCAAAACAUUCCGCUGACGAUUCAAUGAAUAUGGGUGUCAAAGCUUACAACGUCAUAAUUCUAAUAGCUGACAUUAUUGUUCUUCUUACGACAUGGCUGUACCUUACACUGGAAAGCAUUCUGAGGAAAAUUAUACCAGCUCAAGAAGUCGAUGUUACAGGGGCUAUUGUUUUGGUUACUGGUAGCGGACAUGGCAUUGGAAAGCAAUUGUCAUUGCAAUAUGCAAGAUGUGGCGCAAUUCUGGUUUGCGUGGACAUAAACGAACAGUCUAAUAAAGAAACCGUUAAAGAAAUUCAAGCGAGAGGUGGAAGAGCUUAUCCAUAUGUAUGUGACGUGACCAGUAGGGAAAAAUGCUCGGAGCUUCAAAAGAUAAUCGAAAAAGAGGUUGGAAUCGUGUCAAUAUUGGUUAACAACGCUGGUAUAAUGCCAGCCAAAACGAUUAUGCAACAGUCCGAGACAGAAAUUCGAAAAACGUUUGAUAUCAACGUGCUGGCUCAUUUAUGGUUAAUUCAAGCCUUUCUGCCUGGUAUGAUUAGCCAAAACAAGGGCCAUAUUGUUGCGUUAAGUUCCGUGGCUGGCUUAGCCGGUUUGCGAAACAUCGUCCCGUAUUGCGGCAGUAAAUUUGCUGUGCGAGGAAUGAUGGAGGCCUUAUCCGAAGAACUGAGACCUAUGAAUGUCAAUAUUAAAUGCACCGUCGUGUAUCCGUACAUGGUCGAUACGGGAUUGUGCAAGAAGCCAUACAUUCGAUUCAAGAACUUGAUGAAAUUACUGACACCGGAUGAGGUUGCGGAGAAUAUUAUAAAGGCUCAGCGACGAGGACUGGACAAUGUGACCGUGCCGAAAGUAUUGAUGUAUGUCAAUAAUGUGGCGAGAUUAUUUCCUACCGACUGCGGCAGAUUAUUAGCCGACUUUAUGGAUAGUGGCGUUGAGUCAGAGGAGCAAUAAUUCACAACAGAAAGAUAUUGUAACAACUGCACACUUUCUUUAAGUUACCAAUGAUAUUUUCUUUAUCGUUUCAAUGUUGUGCUGAGCAACGUGUAUGAUUUUUAUGUAAAUAAUUUCUUUUUAUAAAAAAAUGAGCUAAAAUU